AUGACUGAACUAAGUCCCGUUUUCAGUACCGGCCGUGGAGGAGCCGGCAAUAUUGUCCACCAAUCGACGGCAGAUGAGGUGAUUGUGCCUCAAGAGUCGCGCAACUCGUUCAAACAGGACGAGAAUGGCAAAUUCCAUUACCCCACAGGAAGAGGAGGAGCAGGAAACGUCACCGAACUGGAGGCUGUCCCCAGCCCACGGCAAGAUCCAGACACUAUCAACGAGGAGAUAGGCCCUGUGUUCUCGACGGGCCGUGGUGGAGCAGGAAACAGAGUCCAUGCCACCACCUCGUCCACAGUUGCUCAGGACCUGGACGAGCAAGUUUCGCCCGUUCAUAGCAACCCGAAGCAGGACCUGAAAAAGUCGGGUGUCCAGACCUCGUCCAAGGAAAAGACCAGCUUUUUCAGCAAACUGAAGAAGCUCUUCAACUGA